AUGCCGCCCGAGAUAGAUAAAAAGAUCGCAGUGGUGGACAUUAAAAUGAAAGAGAUGCAAGCACGGCAGCCCAGGAACUUUUCACCAUCAGGUUCGAAGCCCAAGUUAGUGGUGCAAGAACAUGGACCCAAUACAGAUUCAAAAUUGCUUGCAGCUGCAUAUGCUUCCGUGGGUUCCGAUGUUUCCCCUCCAAAUAGAGUUUUCAUUGUACCUGGCGAUGCUAUUUAUAAACAACGAACCCCUUUGGGAAAUACUGUCCUACACUUAGCAGCUGCAUAUGGAAAUAAUGCAAUGGUAGAGAAGGUGGCUGAGCAAGCUCCCUCUCUUUUUACAGUGACCAACAACAAUCAUGAUUCUGCAUUGCAUGCUGCUGCAAGAGCAGGCCAUGCCUCUACCAUUCAAAAUCUCUUGAAUACUUGGUUGACUUUGGUAAGACGUGAGACAGAUGGUCAUCAUCAAGAUCAACCUACUCUACAUAUGAUGCUCUUGGUGUCUUUGACCUUAUUCUUUUAUGAGAGACAAUUCAGAGUUGGAGAGGUUGAGUUUAAGAAAAUUGUUAAUAGUUUGGUUGUAUUUGCAAUCAACGGGAGAGGGGAAUCAUUGCUCUAUGUAGCCAUUGAGGUUGGUUGCAAGCAAGUUGUUGAUCGACUGUUGGAUAUCUGCAUCCAAUAUGACCUCAAGCCUCAAGGAAAGUCUCCCCUUCUUCCAACACUCACCAAGAGAAAUAUGGUUAUGCUGCAAACCAUUCUGUGCAAAAAGCAAAAUUGGAUACACUUGAGAAAUGAAAAAGGAAGCCUUCCUCUUCAUCAGGCGGCGUCUAUGGGGUACCGUGAAGGUGUCUCCUUCUUGGUAAAAAGAUGUCCUUCAUGCACCAUGGAAAGGGACAACGAUGGCUUCUUCCCCAUUCAUUUGGCAUGUAGUGGAGGUCAUGUCAAAGUAGUUGAAGAGCUAGUUGAACAGCUACUAAAACACUACCCAGAUCUUAAAGAGAUGCUUGACAAAAAUGGCCGAACUUUGCUCCAUGCUGCUGCUAAAAGUGGAAAAUAUGAGAUGGUUAGGUACAUCCUCCAACAUCCAAAGCUUGAGUUUAUGAUAAAUCAGAGGGAUAAUGAUGGGAAUACUCCUUUACAUCUGGCCACCCUAAACUGGCAUCCCAAAAUUGUACAUUCCUUGACUUGGGACAAUAGAGCCAAUUUGGCUAUACUUAACCAUGAAAAUCAAACAGCUCUAGACAUUGCUGACCAAAUGCAUGACCCAAGUCCAUCCCUUGCACAGAGACUUACAUGGAUUGCAUUGCAAUCUGCUGGUACGCCUCGAAGUUUUGUUGGGUUCACGUCCCGUUCAAAUGACACAGAAUCAUCUAGUAAAGAGAAAGAAUCCCGCAACACUACUGGACAAUACAAAGAUAGAAUUGACACUUUGAUAUUGGUUUCAACCCUUAUAAUAACAGCAUCCUUUGCUGCCGGGUUUGCCAUGCCGGGAGGCGUAGAUCAUGGAACAGCUACUAUGUUGAAACGUGUCAUGUUCCAUUUGUUCAUUCUCUCCCUCACAAUCUCAGUAUUUGGGGCUAUUAUUACAACUAUAAUUCUCACGUGGGCUCGUUUAAAUGAGCUGCAUUUAAUCCAUUUUGCUCUCAAGUGCGCAAUGCCAAUUCUAGGUAUUUCUUUAAUGGCUUUAUCCUUGGCAUUUUUGGCAGGCGUGUAUCUUGCAGUUAGCAAACUAAGCUGGUUGGCUACCACAUUCUUGGUGUUGAGUGUGGUUUUGAUCUUCAUGGUUGUGUUCUUGUAUGCCCUCCUCUUUCUACCCUCCUAUUCAACCGUACCAUUUCUUCGGUGUAUUUCCUAUUAUCCCUUUCUUCUCUUUGCAGAGAUAGCUGAGGUGAAAAUUGAUGCCAACGACAAAAGUUCCAGUACUUCUAGCACCCCAUAA